AUGCCGACAUUUCAAUCAAAAACAUUCCGCUCCUCCGCAUGGGAGAACACCAUUGCCGCAAAGUACCGCCGACACCUCAAGCGGCAUCCAUUCGCUCUAUUCGGUCUACCUUUCAUAUUGACCAUGGUUGCCGGUGCCUUCUUUCUCACUCCUGCUCAGGCGCUGCGGUAUGAGAAGCAUGACCGGAAAGUUAGGAAGAUGACGCAGGAGGAAGCUUUGGGGAUGCAGAAAGAUAGAAGAGGGGUGGAUAUCAACGAGGAGUACUACCGUCUGAUGGGUAAGGAUAUCGAUAGCUGGGAGCAAAAGCGGGUAGAGCGAUUGCCCGGCGAAAGCGAGAAUCUAUGGGAACGAUCAAAGUAA